UCUGUGCCAGUGCACACACCAACAUUAGAGCCAGAUCCCAAACCGCCUCCUUGUCCGUCCGCUCUCACAUACACACACACGCCGUCUUCCUGCCCACUUCUGUGUGGGGUGCAAUUCUUUGGCUUUGGCGAUGGCUUGUCUAGCAAACGGAUAUCACUCCCCCUGGAGGAGAACAAACUGAAACUUCCUCUCCAUCCCUAAAGGACACGCUGUUGACUGCUGUCAUCGUCUGUGGCUUUAAAUGUCCACUGCCAUGGCCAAGCGUGAGGCUGGGAGUGCAAGCCCCGUGGUGCGUCAGAUAGACAAGCAGUUCCUGGUUUGCAGCAUCUGUCUGGAUCACUACCACAACCCCAAGGUCCUGCCCUGUCUGCACACUUUUUGUGAAAGCUGCCUCCAGAAUUACAUUCCCCCGGAGUCUCUGACGCUCUCGUGUCCUGUGUGUCGGCAAACGUCCAUCCUGCCCGAGAAGGGAGUGUGUGCUCUACAGAACAACUUCUUCAUCACCAAUCUGAUGGAGGUACUCCAGCGUGAGCCGGAGUGUUCGCGGCCCGAGGCCUUCAGCGUGUUGGAGUCGGUCAGCGCAGCGGCAGCGGGGAAGCCCCUGUGCUGCCCUAACCAUGAGGGAAAGGUGAUGGAGUUCUACUGCGAGUCUUGUGAGACGGCCAUGUGUUUGGACUGCACAGAGGGCGAGCACCGGGAUCAUAUGACUGUUCCUCUGCGGGACGUUGUGGAGCAGCACAAAGCCGUGCUGAAAACACAGCUUGACGCCAUUCGCAGCAGGCUCCCUCAGCUGACCGCAGCCAUUGAGCUGGUGAGUGAGAUCUCCCGGCAGCUAAACGAGAGAAAAACGGAGGCAGUAACAGAGAUCAACGGCACAUUUGAAGAGCUGGAGCGGGUGCUGCAUCAGCGCAAGACAGCCCUCAUCACAGACCUGGAGAACAUCUGCGGCGCCAAGCAAAAGGUCCUCCACGCCCAGCUUUCCUCUCUUCUCCAGGGGAAGGAACACAUCCAGAGCAGCUGCAGCUUCACAGAGCAGGCUCUCAGCCAUGGGAAUGCCACUGAGGUGCUGCUCGUCCAGAAGCAGAUGAGUGAACGGGUCACAGCUCUGGCCAGACACGACUUCCCAGAAAAACCACAUCAGAACGCACAUCUGCACUGUCAGGUGGAGACCGAAGGUCUGCGGCGCUCCAUCCAGAACCUGGGAGUUCUCCUGACCACGUCGGCCGUGGCUCACACCUCUGUCGCCACAGGAGAGGGACUCCGACACGCAGCCACUGGGCAGCACCAAACCGUCACCGUGACGACAAAAGACAAGGAUGGAGAGUUGGUGCGGACCGGAAAUGCUGUUUUAAAGGCGGAGAUAUUGUCGGCCGACGGCAACAGAGCUGCAGACACGGAGAUAACGGACAACAAGAACGGAACGUACGAGGUGGGCUACACGUUACGCUCCGAGGGAGAGUACUCCUUCUGCCUGCUGCUCUACGGUCAGCCCAUACGCGGCAGCCCGUUCCGCCUGCGGGCGGUCAAGCCGUCAGACGUGCCCCAGUCUCCGGACGACGUGAAAAGGAGGGUGAAGUCGCCCAGCGGGACUGGGGGCCACAUCCGUCAGAAAGCGGUGCGACGGCCCUCCAGCAUGUACAGCACCACCAAGAAAAAGGAGAACCCCAUUGAGGACGAGCUCAUCUACAGAGUUGGUUCCCGGGGCAGAGAAAAGGGUGAGUUCACAAAUCUGCAAGGAAUCUCGACCUCCAGCAACGGUAGAGUGGUGGUGGCUGACAGCAACAACCAGUGCAUACAGGUGUUUUCCAACGAUGGGCAAUUUAAAUUGCGCUUCGGGGUCAGAGGGCGUUCUCCCGGACAGCUGCAGAGGCCGACGGGCGUCACCGUAGACGUGAACGGCGACAUCGUGGUGGCCGAUUACGACAACAGAUGGGUCAGCAUUUUCUCCUCAGACGGCAAGUUUAAGAAUAAGAUUGGUGCAGGCCGUCUCAUGGGUCCCAAGGGAGUGGCUGUGGAUAAAAACGGACACAUCAUCACUGUGGAUAACAAAGCCUGCUGUGUCUUCAUAUUUCAGUCCAAUGGAAAGCUGGUGACUAAGUUUGGAGGCAGAGGGACGUCUGAUAGACAGUUUGCAGAAAAACUUGGCCCAAACUUUAAUAAAUCUGGCUCAGUUUUCAGCCCGCACUUUGUCGCAGUGAACAACAAGAAUGAAAUCAUAGUGACGGAUUUUCACAAUCACUCCGUGAAGGUGUACAGCGCCGACGGGGAGUUCCUGUUUAAGUUUGGCUCUCACGGUGAAGGUAACGGCCAGUUCAACGCGCCCACCGGUGUGGCUGUGGACGCCAACGGAAACAUCAUUGUAGCCGACUGGGGUAACAGCAGAAUACAGGUCUUUGAUAGCACAGGGUCUUUCCUGUCCUACAUUAAUACCUCAGCAGACCCGCUCUACGGCCCCCAGGGCCUCGCUCUCACCUCAGACGGACACGUGGCAGUUGCGGACUCCGGUAAUCACUGCUUCAAAGUUUACAGAUACCUGCAGUAGACGAAGGAAAGACAUCAACGAAUCCUGCUUGGGUGAAUUAAUAUUAAACGCUACUUGUAGACAUUGAGUUGCAAUGUUCCUGCACCCCAUUUGGACAGAUUGAUUUCUUGUCCACUUUACUUCAGAACUUUGGGCAAAAUAAUUGCAAGAAUCAGCAUGAAAAAAAUGCAUUCCUAGUAUUAGAAGAAGAGAAAUGAGUUAGAUUUCUGCUUGUUACAUCCCAGUGGACGCGCCCUACCAGGCUUGUGAUGACCCUAAUUUUUGGGAUAGAUUCAGGACUUCCCCAGCGACCAGCUAGGGUAACAAACACUUAUUAUCCCCACCGUGUUUUCACACGUUACCAUGAUGUUGUAAAACUGACGCCAAGCCCAAACAGUACCACAAAAGGAAUAGUGCAUGACUUUUAAAGUGAGGUUCUGUGCAAAAAAUUACAAGCAAUUAAAAUCUUACCUGCUUCAGAUUACUGUCAUGGAUUCUUCAUUUAGCAUUAAUACAAAUUAGUAAAUCCCAGAGACUGAAACUAGCACAUGGUCCGAGAUGGGCCGAAUUAAAAACGUUUAUGAAAAGGGUAUUUUAAGAACCUUUUAAACGAAUUAUUUUUGCAUUCAGUAAUUAUUUUGAAGGUGAUUUAAAUGGUGAGUCAAUUUAGGAGGGGGGUGCACAACCAGUAAUCUUCCUCUGUGUAAUGUGCACAUACAAAGCAUGUCUGGGUCAGAGUAAGCUAAUUUAAAAGUAAAAAAACUGAUUAAUUAUACUUUGAUAUAUAUAUAUAUAUACCUGACAUGGCAUUUGAAGCUUUUUGGCUAAUCCCUUUUUAUUAGCGUAUGCUAAAAUAGAGCAUAAACUUUAUUGUAUGCCUACCAAAUACCAAGAAAUUUUUGUUACUGAUUUCAAGUAAAACUUUAAACAGCAUUAGCAUUUUAACUCCGUUGCUGCUAUUAGGAUAGUUGAUAUUGUUUGCUAAGGUUAACUUGUGUUUUUUUGGGGGGUUUUUCACGCACAAAGCGACAGGCACCAUAAAAUCUACAUUCGUAAGGUACAGUGGAAGCAUAGUGUUUUAUGCAACCACAGGCCACUCCUUCAGGCUGUCCGAUGGAGUUUGUGUGGAGCAUGUGUGGUUAAAUCGAAAUGAUAAACUAAAAUGGUUAAUAGCACAUCCAAAGUAAUUGCAAAAAAAAAAAAAAAAAAAAAGAAAUACAUUUGCCAUUCAAGACCUUCAAAAUGGAAAUCCCCUCUCUGGAAUCACAACAUACCCUCUGCCCAGAUAGCUGGCCCCUUUGCUGCGGCUCACACACCUGUCUGCACUAUGUGUCCUGACAACAAACAUAUUGAUGUUUUUUUUUUUUUAUCUUCAUCUAAAUUCUUGUGGUAUUAUGAAUGCUGCUCUUGUGGUGGCUGUGUUCACCCCUGGGCUUGUGUUCACCUCACAUCAUCGGCCCUUUUGGCAGUCUCGGGCAAGUAGUUAUUCGUAUACAUCUCUGACGCUUUAGCUUGAGUUUUUUUUAAACAACUAAUCUGGAUUUAUGCUAAACAAAGAACCCCAGAGAGUUCUCUGCUGCAUGUAGGAUAUCACUGCUUGUAAACGCUUAACAGAACAUCCCUUCAUAAUCCAGAAAAAGACCAUUUUGUCACUGUGCGCCAAAAAAAAACAAAAAAAAAAAAACCCUGCUAUUACUGCCUUCCAUUUUUUUUUUGAAAUAUGGAGACAAAACAGACCAUAUAAGGAAUGUGUAGUUAAAGGUCAAAUCGUCAUUUUGCACUUUAUCACGCUGACGAGACGGAUUAGUUGACCUUUGUGCUAGCUGUUUUUAGUUGAAAGAAGCACAACAUCCCGACCAGCUCCACUUCUACAGGUAAUUUCCUUUUUCGGGUCUUGCUGUUUGUAAUAACCAAAACAGAUUUCUAAAAUUCGACCCCACGGCUUUUUGCACCUUUGUCUGUUAAUAUCAAGAAAUUACUGUAAUUGUACAUAUGUAUAUGUAGGUCUACAUAUGGAUUUAUUGUCCAUGUUCUAUUGCUAUAUAAUCCUACUUAUUCCAGCAUUUAAAUGAAACCGAGAUCAUGCAAUGCAGUAGCCAGCUGAAUGACUGAAACAUUAGUUGAACAAAAGGUUGUAAACGUUGUUUGCUGUAUUUUAUGUUUCCAGAUGAUUUAAUUUAUUUAUUUUUUUUUUGCUUUUCUUUUCUAUAUAAUUUGUUGUACAAACUAUUUUUCUAACUGUUGCGUUGGACACUUUAACUCUCUGCCAAACAUUAUGUUGUAUGUUAUAAGUUGUAGCAUCCGAAAUCUGAUCUCUCCUCUCAAAUUCUUGUUUUAACACUGACGUUUCCUUCAGCCAAAACGUGUUCUUGUAACUUUCUUUUAAACAUUGCACAAAGGACAAAUAUUCUAAAAGUUCUAUCGUUUUGCAAGAAUAAUAUAUGCCUCUAUGUUUAGUUCAUUUAUCAUAAUCAAAGAGUGUAUUGUACAUUACAGUUAUUUUGUUAAUGUGUCUGAUGACCAGCACCUUUGUCAUGGACUUUUCUUUUUUGCGUAUUUGUUUUUAUCUGUGGCCCCUGAAGGAACCUUUUUUUAUUAUUAUUUUUUAGCUGUAGUUUAUAAAAGCUGCUUUACUUUCUUCUUGUGUUUCCCAUUUGUUGGAAAGCAGUGUGUACUGACAAGUUAUUUUUCUCCAUGAAUCAAACCCCUCUGUCGUUGUAUUGUUUUUUUUUUUUCAGUGUCAAUGCCUUUUAAUUGCCACUAACUUGUUUUGUGUGAUUAAAAUUAAACUAAAGCACAUUUAAAUAAAACGCUACAUCUACCAAAUAUGUGUACGACUGUAUACUACAGUAGGUCAGAACUUACAGGAAGCAGUCACGAGGCGUAUGUAAUCCUGGAAAAAUCAUUGCAAAAAUAAACCAAAACAGUGUCGA